AUGUGCAUCCCCCAGGACCCCCGGAACAAGCACCGCUUCCGGCUGCACAGCUACAGCAGCCCCACCUUCUGCGACCACUGCGGCUCCCUGCUCUAUGGGCUGGUGCACCAGGGCAUGAAGUGCUCCUGCUGCGAGAUGAACGUGCACAAGCGCUGCGUGCAGAGCGUGCCCAGCCUCUGCGGCGUCGACCACACCGAGCGCCGCGGCCGCCUGCAGCUCCGCAUCCAGGCGCUGCCGGGGGAGCAGCUGCACGUCACCGUGGGGGAGGCGCGGAACCUGAUCCCGAUGGAUCCCAACGGGCUCUCGGAUCCCUACGUGAAGCUGAAGCUGAUCCCGGACCCCAAGAACCUCUCCAAGCAGAAGACGCGGACGGUGAAGGCCACGCUCAACCCCGUGUGGAACGAGGCCUUCCUCUUCACGCUGCGCCCCGGGGACUCCGAGCGCCGCCUCUCGGUGGAGGUGUGGGACUGGGACCGCACCUCCCGCAACGACUUCAUGGGCGCCAUGAGCUUUGGGGUGGCUGAGCUGCUCAAGGGCCACGUGGACGGGUGGUUCAAGCUGCUGAACCAGGAGGAGGGCGAAUACUACAACGUCCCCGUGGCCGACACCGACGACUGUGGCCUCCGGCCCAAGUUCGAGGCUUGUAACUACCCAUUGGAGCUCUACGAGAAAGUGCGCAGGGGGCCGGGCCCUUCUCCGGCGCCGUCGCCGUCCCCCAGCCCCACAGACCCCAAACGCGGCUUCUUCAGCUCCGGGCGCUCGCGGCUCGGGGACUUCACCUUCCUGAUGGUGCUGGGCAAGGGCAGCUUCGGCAAGGUGAUGCUGGCAGAGCGGCGCGGCACGGCCGAGCUCUUCGCCAUCAAGAUCCUCAAGAAGGACGUGGUGGUCCAGGACGACGACGCCGCCUGCACCAUGGUGGAGCGGCGUGUGCUGGCCCUGGGGCCCCGGCCCCACUUCCUGACCCACCUGCACUCCACCUUCCAGACCGCGGACCGCCUCUAUUUCGUCAUGGAAUACGUCACCGGCGGGGACCUCAUGUACCACAUCCAGCAGGUCGGCAAGUUCAAAGAGCUGAUGGGGGAGCUAUGCACGUCCGAGAUCGCCAUCGGCCUCUUCUUCCUCCACAACCAAGGCAUCAUCUACCGGGAUCUGAAGCUGGAUAACGUGAUGCUGGACGCCCAGGGUCACGUGAAGAUCACGGACUUCGGGAUGUGCAAGGAGAACAUGUUCCCGGGAGCCACCACCAGGACCUUCUGCGGCACCCCCGACUACAUCGCCCCCGAGAUCAUCGCGUACCAGCCCUAUGGCAAGUCCGUGGACUGGUGGUCCUUUGGGGUGCUGCUCUACGAGAUGCUGGCCGGGCAGGUGCGUUUUAUGGGUCUCUAUGGGUCUCUAUGGGUCUCUAUGGGUCUCUAUGGGGUCUCUAUGGGUCUCUAUGGGUCCGUGACCGCCGCUGCCCCCCAGUUCCUGACCAAGCACCCUGGGAAGCGUCUGGGAGCGGGGCCGGGGGGGGAGCAGGACGUCCGCUCCCACCCCUUCUUCCGGCGCACGGACUGGGAGCGCCUCGAGCGGCUGGAGCUGCCCCCCCCCUUCACCCCACAGCCGUGUGGGCGCAAUGGGGAGAACUUUGACAAGUUCUUCACGCGGGCCCCCCCCGCGCUCACCCCCCCGGACCAGCUGGUCCUGGCCGGGCUGGACCAAGGCGACUUCGCGGGGUUCACCUACACCAACCCCGACUUCGUGCACCCCGACCUGCGCCUCCCGGCCCCCCCCGGCUCCCUCGUCUGAGAUCCGCACCCCCUCCCCCCCCC